UGUUUUUCUUCAAGCACAACAAAAACAAAUCGUGACAUUACAAAAAACUUUGGAAAUUCCGAAACAACAAAUUAAACAUUUGGUUGCCAACAAAGUCGCAAUGUUCCACUUUAGUGGCUUCAAUAUGAUGUUCCCAGACGGCGGACGCAGCUUUCAAGUUACCUACAAAUGCUUCUCAGUCUCCAUGCUACCAGGCAAUGAGCGCUCCGACGUGGAAAAGGGCGGAAAAAUUAUAAUGCCGCCAUCUGCAUUGGAUUCACUGACUCGCUUAAAUGUGGAAUACCCCAUGCUCUUCAAGCUGACUAACAAGAAGAAAUCGCGUUCCUCUCACGCUGGCGUUUUGGAAUUUGUUGCGGACGAGGGAAAAUGCUAUUUGCCCUAUUGGAUGAUGGACAAUCUGCUGCUGGAAGAGGGCGACAUACUGAGCAUCGAAAGCGUCUCGUUGCAAGUGGCCACAUUCUCAAAAUUUCAACCACAUAGCACCGACUUCUUGGAUAUAACAAAUCCAAAGGCUGUGCUGGAGAAUGCUUUGCGUAACUUCGCCUGCUUGACUAAGGGCGACGUCAUUGCCAUCAAAUACAACAAGAAGGUGUACGAGCUAUGCGUGCUGGAGACUCGACCUGGCAAUGCUGUCAGCAUCAUUGAGUGUGAUAUGAAUGUGGAAUUCGAAGCUCCGGUUGGCUAUAAGGAGCAUAGUGAACAACAGCCGGCUACGCAGGCAGGCGGCCACUCAGUCGGGGCCAAUGAAGCAGCUGCGGGUGGCACCGUGCACGAGGAGCUGGUUGAGACCUUUAAGGGCUCCGGCGUGCGCCUGGAUGGCAAGAAGAAAAAGGACAGCCAACUGGAGACGCCGGUGCAAAAAAAGGUCUUGCCACGCGGUGUGCCCGAUUACGAUUUUCAAUUUGGUUUGCUGCGUUUCGAUCGCAACAUUAAGCCCAUUAGCGAUCGCGGCCAGGAGAAUGCGGAGGCAACUGGCGAGGCAGCUGGCACUGAUGCAGACAGUUUCCAUGGCACCGGUUUCUCAAUGAAGAAAACGCGCAAAUAGUAUGUAACUGCUUC